GUUCUAUAUAAAUAAAAAAUGGGAAUCCAAAUAUCCAAUGUUGGAGUUGCAUGGGACACUUGUAAUCUUGUAUGAAUCGGCAACCCGCAUUUGUUGCAUUCCUUCCAAUUCUUGUUAUGUUGUUUGGUUUUUAACUCUUUAUCUCGUUUUCUUCGCAUCCUUCAAUUAUCAAAUUUCCCUCUGAUCCUCAUCCAACCGACCCAGAAAAACACAACCACAAUCAUUCAACAACAUCAAAUUCUUCAUAAUAUUUCAUUCUUUUCCUUCCAUUCACAAUGUCACAACAUCAUUCCUUGUUGCCAAAGCUUUCAAGACGCAUCAGCUUCACCGCCUCCAGAGACUGGUUAUACCGCCAUUCAUUCGCCGUCGCCGGCCUCCGCUCCGUCUCCACCGACCUCAGCGAUGGAACCACCAUGCAUUGCUGGAUACCCAAAUCGCACAAACCUUGUAAGCCAACCCUUGUUCUCAUUCACGGCUUCGGUGCCAAUGCAAUGUGGCAAUUUGGCGAACUGAUUCGGCAUUUCAUCACGCACUUCAAUAUCUACGUGCCGGACCUUCUUUUCUUUGGAGGGUCGUUCACGUUGCGGCCAGAGAGAACAGAGUCGUUUCAAGCUCUGUGUUUGGUGAAGCUGAUGCAGAGUUUUGGGGUUCAUAGAAUGAGCUUGGUUGGGAUCAGCUAUGGUGGGUUUGUGGGGUAUAGUGUGGCUGCGCAGUUCCCUGAGGUGGUGGAGAAGCUGGUGCUGUGUUGUACUGGGGUUUGCUUGGAGGAGAAAGACAUGGAGAAUGGGUUGUUUGCAGUUUCUAAUUUGGAUGAGGCUUGUAGCAUUUUGUUGCCACAGACCCCUGAUAAGCUCAGGGCAUUGAUGAAGUUAUCAUUUGUGAAGCCAGCUAGGGGUGUUCCUACUUUGUUCCUUGAAGAUUUCAUUCAUGUGAUGUGUAGAGAUUAUAUUAAGGAGAAGAGAGAAUUGCUUGAGGCAUUACUAAGAGGUCGACAACUUUCCAAUAUUCCCAAGAUCACACCGCCAACUCAAAUUGUGUGGGGAGAGCAAGAUCAGGUAUUCCCUCUGGAAUUGGGCCACAGAUUAAAAAGGCAUAUAGGGGAAAGUGCUCAAAUUUUGGUGAUUAAGAAAGCUGGGCAUGCAGUGAACAUAGAGAAGCCCAAAGAGCUUGCAAGGCACUUGAAAUCAUUCCUUAUCGGUGGAGGGUCAUGUCCCAAUUCACCACCUUCUUUCAGAGAGCAAAUCCAAAAGACAUUUUCGUUUGAUUUCAUUAGGAAUUUGUCAGGCUUGGUUGCAUUGGCAUGGUGUGGUGGUCAAUUAUCACCGGCAAUAUUCGAAUCCAAAUUGUUAGUAAUGGUCAUAAUUUUUCUUCUAAAUUGCUGCAUGUUUGCUCUUUCUUUCUUUUAAAGAAAAUAAACCAAACACAAGUAUUAUCAAUCAUUUGCAAGCCCUUGUGAAGCUAUGUUGUAACUUGUCACACGCACUUCUGUCCAAAAUAACAGUGUAAAUCUCAUUAUUAACUUCAAAAACAAAGGCGCAUCAAGACUAGUUUCAAGUCAAUUCCGUGUUUGAUAUUUGGUAGAGGGAGUUGUGUAAAUGAUUUUACCCAAAGUUUGAGUUAAAUUACCCUAAUCUCAACCAAUGAUAUUUAAAAUAAAUGAGUUAAAAAUUUCAUAUUUUAUAUAUUAUUGGUCUACCUAAGGCAAUGGUGAUU